CCAUCACUUGUCCAUUAUAACGGAAAAAAUAUGGCUUUGCAAAAUGAAGAACAAUCUACAAACUUGCUUCAUGCUCAAGCUCACAUAUGGAACCACAUUUUCAGCUAUAUAAACUCCAUGUCACUCAAAUGUGCUAUUGAGCUACAAAUACCUGAUAUCAUUAAUCGCCAUGGUGCACCAAUGUUGCUCUCAGAGUUAGUGGAAGCACUCCCCAUCAACAAGGAGAGAACCAAUUAUGUCUACCGACUUAUGCGCAUCCUUGUUCACUCUGGUUUCUUUGUGAAACAAAGUAUAUCGAAUGGCGAGGAGGAAAGAGAAGGCUAUUUGCUAGCUCCUGUUUCUCGCUUCCUUCUAAAGCAAGAACCAUUAAGCCUUAGGCCCUUUUUACUAAGCAUGUUGGAUCCCGUACUGAUGGAAUCAUGGCAACCCAUGAGCAAAUGGUUCCAAAAUGAUGACGUCAACUCUUUUUACACAGCCCAUGGGAGGACGUUUUGGGAUUUUGCAGGCCAAGAUUCCAGGCAUAACCAGUUGUUUAACGAAGCAAUGGCCAGUGAUGCAAGGCUUGUUACAAAUAUCAUGCUAAGACAGUAUGGAGAUGCUUUUAAGAACUUGAAUUCAAUUGUUGAUGUUGGAGGUGGUACUGGCACCGUUGCCAAACUCAUAGCUGAAGCUUUUCCGAAUAUUAGUUGCAUCUGCUUUGAUCUUCAGCACGUUAUCAAUGGUUUGGAGGGAAGUAACAAUUUAAGUUACGUUUGUGGGGACAUGUUUGAAGUCAUUCCUAAAGCUGAUGCAGUUUUGUUGAAGUGGAUAUUACAUGAUUGGAAUGAUGAAGAUUGCAUAAAGAUAUUGAAGCGAUGCAAAGAGGCAAUUCCGAGCAAAGAAUAUGGAGGGAAACUAAUCAUUAUAGACAUGGUGUUGAAGAACGAUGAAGUUGGUGAGAAAUCUCUCGAGACUCAGCUUUUCUUCGAUGUGCUUAUGAUGAUCGACCAGACUGGAAGGGAGAGGACCGAAAAAGAAUGGGCAAAACUCUUCCUCGAUGCCAGCUUUAGCGAUUAUAAAAUAAUUCCGUGUUUAGGGUUAAGGUCUAUCAUAGAAGUGUAUCCUUAGUUAAGUUAAGAAUACUUUCUAUGCACAACAUAAUUGCUGGCGCAAUUAAUUACUGAAUAAUGAACUUGCUUGAUUGUUUUCUUGGUUGAU